AUGCAAACUACGCCGACUGGACUGCCACCUCCCGCCCAACAAUCGGUAUUUGACCCACAGGUACGACUCGGUCGCAAGUCUUUCACUAGCUAUUGGUUCAGUACUACUACUCGGGAGGUCUGCCGACGGCUCCCAACAACCUGCAGUACGUCGCAGCGCCGAACGCUUUCCCUGCCCAGCAGUACUAUCCUGAGCAAUACGUGAUCGGUGGAGCUGCUCCACCUCAACAACCAGUCAUCAUGCAUGGUACUUUCCGAUGUUUCAUUGUUAAAAGUUGUAUCUAGUUAUUUGGACGGAGCGAAGUUAAAAAUUUGACUUUUUCUGAGUCCGAAAUUCAGUGAUCUUUUCCACUCUCUAACGGCUAUUUUGCAUUUCGCGAAAUUGAUUUGAACACGGUACAAAAAUAUAAAAACCACAUCCAUUUUUUGCAUGUGUAAAAAAGUACUCUUCUAACUCAAAGUAUAUAGCGUUUUGGUGAUGAAUACGGUGAGUGCAAUUUGCUUUUCUGGUUAUUUUUUCAGAUGCCCAGAAUUUGAAUAAGUCUGAAAUAACUAAAAAACGACUCUGCCUCUUUCCAAUUGGAAAAAGUUUCUAAAUUCCACAAAACUCAGCCUACUCUCAUUUUGAGCAAAGUUCUUUGAACGCAUAAAUAAGAAAAAACAGAUCCGAUCAACCGGUUUUUUAAAAAUCAUGCAUUCGGGGAACUACGGACGAAACGCUUUUUUACAAUUAAUGAAAAACGAUUUUUGCAGGACAACCAUACAUCUACAUGCCACAAGCGACUACUAUGGGCCAAGCUCCGCAACACGUCAUCUACUACCCGCAGAUGGCUCACAACGCUGUGUACUACUCCGCAGCAGCGCCGCCGGUCCAGGACGCUGCCAUGUCCCAGCAGCACCAACCGUCGCAUCCCGGCAAUGACGGUAUAGUCUGUUCAGAUUUUGAAUGUCAACCAGCUAACUCCGCCCCUGCGGAGACGGUACCUUUUCGCGUCGAUGUUUUAUCGCGCGGAAUGAUUUUUGAUCUUUUUUGAUCUAAAAGAUAGAAAAAUAAGUCAGCGUUAUUAAAGGGCCAUCGUCAUCUGUGGAUAAAAUGUUGAUGCGAAAGAUAUUGUAGCCUUGGGGGUGGAGUUAGCUGCUUGACAUUCAAAAUCUGAACAGACUAUACAUCUCUUCGAAGUGCCCUCAAUCCAUUUGCAAGACAAUAUUGGCAAAAAAAAGGAGUACAAAAUAGAUAAAAUAAAAGAAAUGUGCAUAAAUUCAAAGUUUUCCUGAUUGAGGCUCUCGUGAAUAUUCUCGGACUUCGGUAUAGUCUGUUCAGAUUUUGAAUGUCAAGCAGCUAACUUCACCCCAAUGCUACAAUAUCUUUCGCGUCAAUGUUUUAUCUACAGAUGACGAUGGCCCUUUAAUAAGGCUGCAUUUUUGACUUCUUUUUCUAUCUUUUAGAUCAAAAAAGAUCAAAAUUAGUCCCGCGCGUUAAAACAUCGACGCGAAAGGGUACCGUCUCAGCAGGGGCGGAGUUAGCUGCUUGACAUUUAAAAUCUGAACAGACUAUAACGAAAACCGGACGUCUCUGAGCAUUUAUAUUUUGACCGCUUUAGUAAAUUCAGCACUUUUAAGAGAUCCUUAGAAUUGCUCCGUAGCACGUCCGUUUCGCGUUAUCAAUUUCCUAGUUAUUUCAAACCACAGCUCCAUUUUUCGCGCGAAAAUUCUUUCUCAGCUUCAAAUUCUUUCAGAAGUGCUGAACCACGUCUCUGGUCGAGCUCCCAUCAGCUCGUCGACCCCACUGCCUACGGUGAACGAGUACCACUUGAUGGGACCUCAGGCUCCCAAUGUAGUCCAGUUCCGCUACCACAGGUGCACUUUUAAUUCAAAAUAUGAAGAGAUCUUCCUACUUACAGGAAUAUGGAGCACGACGAGAACUUGAUCGACGACAUCUCGAAGAUCACCAUCGACAGUCAUAAUGACGACACUUUGAGCGCAGAGAAGGAUCUUCAGGUUGGAAAUCUUCAUGACCUUGAUGGAAGCUGGUUUUGUUCCAGCGUGGUCAAGGAAACAGAAGAUCUCUGAACCCGCAACCGUACAACUACAAAACGCGGCUGUGUGUGACGCACGCUUCCGGACGCAAGUGCGACAUGGGCUCUCGCUGCAAAUUCGCUCAUGGUCCGGAGGAGCUGCGGACGGUGGAUGCAGUCAGCUUCCUUCUGAGGGCUCUGAGAAAAGAAGUUUUGCAGCCUGUUCGUAUGGCCAACAACAAGUACAAGACGAAGUUGUGCAAGAACUUCUCGCGCGGCGCCAACGGCUUCUGUCCAUACGGCCUUCGCUGCGAGUUCAUCCACCCCAACGACAAGGAGUUUCAGACCGUUCCUGAAUACGUAUCACUCUUCCUCUCCUUUUCCCUACUAGUUCUUUCAGAUGUGCAUGGACCUGAGCGACUGCAAUUCGCGCUGCGACAUCACUCCGGACGCUGGCGACAUGCCCACAAUUUCUCGUUCGGCCGUCAAGUCCAGCUCCAACAAAGUCCUACUCAAGCAUCGAAACGUCGCCGGGUUAGCUCUACUCGGGCCGGCUUUUUCCUCUGGGAGCCAAUUAUUUUGAUAGUGCUACAAGGAUGGUGGUAUAGCUGAUUUCCGGCUAGCUUAGGACGCUAAAGGGGCGUGAACUUUCUGCGCUCUCCACCUAUCGGGCACUAUCUCUUUUCUUAUCGUGUGCGGACCCUUUUUUCAAUGGCUCAAGCCGUGAAUCAGCUAUACUAGGGAGUGCAGUUUUGGUCGCUCGUACUGUGAUAGGAUAUUAAAAAAAAAGCUGCCCUUGGGUUGACUAAUUAGCUUCAAAACGGAUUUGCAAUUUCGUCUUUUUUUUUUAUUGAAAUCGGAACUUUCAAGUUUAUAUAAUUUCGUCUACGGAAUCAACAAAAACUUGUUUUGAGAGGACUUGACCUUUUGUUUAUUGAAUUUAGUUUAUCGUGACUCAUCUUCACCUUAUUCGACUCUCUUGCCCUUUUCAAGUACACAGAAGGAAAUUUUAUUUCCUGUUGGUUUUUGGUUCCCACUAACCAAUUGGUCGUCGUUGCGAACAAGUUGAAAGUAGAGGAAAACUGAAGAAAGAAAGGCAUCUAAACACUUGCGCCCGCGGGGGAUUCCUUGAAGAAAAAGAGGGCUUCAAAAUUUGCAAUUGACAAUUGAUUACAGAUCUAUGAUGUGCCUGACGAACAACGGACGCAAGGACCUGGGAGACUCGAGGUCUCGUCAGCAUGUGAUGGCAAGUCUGGCCGCACAGCCUCCACGCAGCCGCUACGCUCCACAGUACGCCAGCACGAACGACGUUCGCUACCACGGCUCUCGGUCCAAGUCCAACUUCAACGGACAAUCCAAGUUCGUCAGGCGGAGGUCUCUCUCCCAAAUCAAGCUCAAGUGGUCCUCUGCCGAGCAGAUUGCCAACGUUUAGAUGCUCUGAACAAUUAUCAAACUUUCCCGAUGGGAUUUCCUCUUCAUUCAUGGGUUUAUUCUCUGGGUUUAACAAAAAUUGCCAUACUAAUCAUACUCUCCACAUCAAAUAGUCUCAAUUCUUGUAAAUUGUGCAUACUAAACAAAAAACAAAAAAAAAAGUCCGAGGAACACAUCCCACGACUCAAAUUGGUAAUAUAUAGGAAAAUCAAAGGUUGAAAUUAGUUCAUAGAAAUGUUUAAAAAAUGUACUCGCUCUUUGACCGCGGAUAGUCUAUAUACCUCCCUUCUCCCCCAUAGAUUAUAUUUAUCAUUUCGUUUUUUUCGUUCGUUUAUCUCUACACCGAUUGUCAGUUUUUGCACCGCCGAGGAUUGUUAUGUAACAAUGUUGUAACGUCCAUGAUUGCCGACACCAAACAUGGGCUUUUUCGUCUGGAUCUGGUGACACAAUAAGAUUGUGAGCUCCUAGUCACUCCCCGUAUCCAUCUCUUGUUUUUCUUCAAGAAUCAAUGGGAUUUUGUAUUGGUUUCUUGCGUGCGUGUAGGCGAAUAAAUUGUGAAAUAGUCUCUAUUUUUUCGCACAUCUCAUAAAUUAAAGCUCCCAUUCAGAAGUUUCUUGAUAGAUCUUCCAAAACAGAAAAAUUCUAUCAGGUCUUGAUGAUCUCUUCGAAAACUGUGAUUUGUGCAAAGCUGACUGACGUAAAAUAUUCAGACUAGUUCAAAAUUCGCAUUCCUAUCAAGAAACCUCACGCACAAAAAUGAGUUAUUCUAUCAGGUCUUGAUGGUCUCUUCGGUUUUAUCUACAGAUGACGAUGGCCCUUUAAUAAGGCUGCAUUUUUUGACAUUUAGAGCAAAAAAGAUCAAAAAGUAUCCCGCGCGACAUAAUUUCGACACGAAAAGGUACUGUGCCAGCAGGGGCGGAGUUAACUGCUUGACAUUUAAAAUUUGAACAGACUAUAUUCUUGGAGUGGAUUCAUGUCGCCCACUUGUCUACUUCGGUGAAGCUUCCAGAAACGCUUUUAAGAAGGCUUUUCGGAAAUGAAAUACACCUUGCCAACGUAAUUCCUUGGACAAGAGUCGUAUUAAUUUGGCUGAAUGUCAGAUGUUGACGCAUUGAUGGACGUUCAAGGGAAUUCGAGCGAUCCGAGAAGUGUCACAAGCAGCGGCCAAUUAGGCCCGUCGCUCCUCAUGAGCCUCAUCUGCCGUCCAAGCCAACUUUUUCGCUCGUCCAUUCAGCCGCCACGCGGGGCUCAUCCAAUUACACACAACACGCGGAAUUAUUCAUCGGCAUGUCGGCACCGCCACCUUCUUGCCUUCCCUUCCAGAGGAUCAGCUUGAUCGUUCUUUCUUCGAUCACUUAUCAUGACUCCUCCCUUGCCUAA